UCGCUUGUUUCUUCUUUUCAGGACUGCAACUUCGGACCCAAAAUAGAUCCUUAGGACCUUAGCUUCGCGUAGGUGAUCGAAUUGGAAGUUACAGAAAAAUAAGUGAAUCGAUAAUUCCAUUCUCUGUUCAUUCAUGGCCGAGAAGGAGGAGGAGACAGAUAUCCCCAAGAUCAAGCCAAGGCCCAUCGUGCGUCUUGGGAUCUUCCUAAUCUCUCAUUGUGUUUUUGUUAGUGUUAUUUGUUGUACCGCUGGGAUUUUAGCUCUCUUGCUACUACCAGCGCUCGCCAAGAACACUUACAUUUCUGAAAAUGCCCUCAUGCCUGGUUCCGCGAGUUCUAUGCUUUCUAAUCAUGACAUUUCGGAGGCAAAUAAAUUGGUUAAGGACUUGAGUAGCUUGAAUUUGGGGCCUGAGGACACAGAGAAAGACGGAGGCUCCUAGCAAAGUACAUGUCAGACUUGGGUGCUGAAGUUAGUUAUCACAAGUUCCACCCGCAGUUGAAUCAUUUUAAUCCACUGCAGUUCUUUUCUAGCCCUGAGUCUAGGAUAAUAGGAGAGAACAUUAGUUGCUCGUCUUAUGGUGUCAACACUGUUGGAAUAAUAAGAGCACCUCGUGGUGAUGGUAAAGAAGCUAUUGUCUUGGUGACACCUUACCAUUUUGGAAAGAGUGAUUUGAAUCAAACUUUAUCUUUGAGUAUCGCGUACUCUGUCUUUUCUUUGCUCAACCGAGUUACAUGGCUGGCCAAGGAUAUUAUUUGGCUCAUUGCUGAUUCGAAGUAUGGCGAAUAUGUCUCAGUUGCCAAUUGGCUAAGAGAUUAUCACACACCAUUAUUUACUGGUUUGGCUUCCCUAAGUGCUGAUGCAUGUGCCAAAGCCGAUAAUAUUUAUGUAUCAAAAGAAGAUUCUGUUGUGAAAAGAAAGGUAUUUGAUGGUUUUAGACGUGCUGGGACCAUGGCUGCUGCCCUGGUUUUAAAGGUUACUGAUAGAAAUGCACAAUGGGAUGACACUCUUAGCAUCUUUGCCGAGGCAUCCAAUGGGCAGAUGCCAAACCUAGAUCUCAUAAAUAUCGUGAAUUAUUUAGCUGUACAUAGGCAAGGUUUGCACGUAAAGGUUCAGAAGUUUUGGUCUUUAUUAGAGUUAAAAUGGCUCGAGAUCAUAGGAAAUAUAUUUGAAUCACUAGGGAAAGUGAGCAGAAAUUUAAAUCCCAACUGGAAAUUUGGUGUUCCAGCUGCAGAUUAUGUUGAAGGUGCUGCUACACUUGUGAGCUCAUUGUAUAACCAGGCACUGGGUAUUCCCACGGGUCCACAUGGUGCUUUCCGUGAUUUCCAAGUUGAUGCGAUUACUUUGGAGAUUUCAACCAAAGUUUCUUCUAAUAAAAAAGCCAGGCAAAAUGAGUUUCUCUUGCGAGGUGGCAGGUUGAUUGAAGGAGUUAUUAGAUCAGUAAAUAAUCUUCUUGAGAAGUUUCACCAAUCAUUUUUUCUAUACCUGUUAACAUCUCCUAAUAAGUUUGUGUCAGUAGGAGUCUACAUGAUCCCUUUUGCACUCCUUGUAGCUCCGCUUCCCCUGGUUUCUGCUUCCCUUUAUGCUGAGGUUAAUGAAUUGGAUCUUGGCAUGAAAAAUGGCAAAUCUUCCCCUUCUAAAUCAACUGCAUCGAAGGAGAUGGGCAUAACUUUCAAGUCAUGGAAGUGGCUCAAUGCAGCAAAAGCAGUGUUUGUCAUUCAUAUAUGGGGUGCAGUAGUUUUGUUGCUUCCAUAUUUCAUUUGUCAAAUACCUGAUUUGAGCACAGCAUCUAGUUUUAUCACCUGGGUUUUGCUUUCAAUGCUUAGUCUCCUAAUCUUGUACCUGAUCUUGGGUUCACCGUUUUCUCAUGCUAAUGCAUAUCAAUGUCAUAAAGGCGAAUGGGCUAUUCUAAAAUCAGUCACCAUCUCAGCUGUUUUCAUUGGCUUGCUGCUCAUGUCAGUUGUUAAUUUUGCUACAGCAGAAAUUGGGGCAUUACUGAUAGUGCCAAUGUGUUUGAUGGCUCAACCUUUGAAGCAUGAUAUUGGAGCUGCCACAUCAAGGAGUUUCUUCAGGGUUAUUUGUAAUCUGGUUUUGAGUUUUGUUGCAUUUCCACCAGCUGCAUUUUUUAUGUCGAAAGCUAUACUCGAAGGGUGUGACAGCAUUAAUGUUGGUGAUUUCUGGAAUUGGGUGGAGUCCCUCUGGGCAUGGAACAGUGCUAGUUACAUCUUUAUAGGUAUGGUUCACCUACCAUGUUGGAUGUUAUGCAUGCACAUUUUGCUUUAUUCUUUUUGACACAUUCCUCAGUUUUGUACUUUGUUGCAUUACUUGUGAACUAAACAUGAAAAUCAGGAGAUUAAAGGAAAUUUUCUAUGUUCUUGUCAUCUCUAAA